UUUUAAUGAAAUUGAAGAAUGGCAAAAACAAAAUAAUUUGGACCUAAAAUAUAUUAAUUUAACUAAAAUGGAUAUUUGGAGGAAACAAAAAACAACUAAAUUUAUUUUGUUAGAAACAACUCCAGAUCAUUGGGGUGGAACUUGUGGAGGGUUUGCUAAUCAAAUAUGGGCCUUUGCUGUAAUGUAUGUUUGGGGACAACAAACAGAACGUUAUCCUGGAUAUUUUGACAAACCAACAUUUUCGUGUGAUUCUUUCAAAAAUUCUCCAAGUGAAAUGGAACAAACAUUUCCUGUUGCCCACAGAAUUUUUGCUUCUUUUAAGCCAGAGGAGGUUGAAGGGGAUACAAAAUUUAUGGUUAAUUACAGCAUUAAUGAAGUAACUAAAACAAAAGAAAAAUAUUUGAGAAUUCAUUAUCCUCCACAAAUACACGAUUUAUUUAAAAAUGUAAAAAAUCAAAUUAGAGAAUUAUACACAUUUUCAUAUAAAAUUAGAACAAUUGGUGAUGAAUAUAUUGAGGAAAUAUUUGGGGGUGAUGAUUCUCAUAAAUUAUGUGUAUAUACAAGACGAGGCGAUUUUGGACCGCCUUUUAAUCCUAAACAUCAUCCAUCAAGAAAGGAUUUUACAGAAGAAUCUACAAAAUUUGUUUUUAAUGAAAUAAAGCAAAUAAAUAAAAAUAAAGAAAUUACUUUAAUUUUACUUGGAGCAGACAAAAAAUUUCUGUCAGAUUUAAAUUUUGAUGGAAUUAAUCCAAAAAGAGUGUUUAUACCCAAAAAUAUGCCUCGAGGACAAGAUAUUUAUUUUUCUACAAAAAUCUGUAAUUCUUUAAUAAUUACUGCAUCAGUCUCCACUUUUGGAUGGUGGAUUGGUUAUUUAUUAAAUGAUAUAAAAUCUCAAAUUUAUUUUUAUGAUGAUUUUGAUGAUAAUACAAUUUUUCAAAGAAAAGAUUUUCCUCCUGAAUGGAUUCCUCUUAAAUUUAAUUUAAAAACUAAACUAAUUAUUAAAGGACAUUAA